AUGAGUGGACCAUCGUCAUCACAAAUAGCAGCAACAGCAGAAGCAGCAGCAGCGUCUGGCGCCGCCGGCACAUCUUCGUCGACAGUAUCAGCGAGCAACAAUCUGACGAUAAUCGUGCUUGGCAUGGCUGGGUCCGGCAAAACCGCCUUCAUCCAGCGUGUAUCAGCACGGCUGCGCGAAACAAACACAACACCAUAUGUGGUGAAUUUGGAUCCGGCUGUGAGCAGACUUCCAUAUGCAGUGGAUAUUGAUAUUCGGGAUACGGUGAAAUACAAGGAAGUGAUGAAGCAGUAUAGCCUGGGACCAAAUGGCGCCAUCUUGACAUGCCUUAAUUUAAUGUGCACCAAAUUUCAUCAGGCAAUUUCUUCAUUUUCCAAUAUUACUACUCUUAAUUUAACAUCCACCUAA